ACGCACAUAUAAUCUUGGCCUAAAGCGCUCAAUGAACUACUUUUUCUGAUGCCGAAUGCAGCCAUUCCUAUACUUGGCUAUUUAAUUACAAACACAUUUGUUUGCUCUGUACAAAGUAAACGGAACGAUGAAAGCCAAAGGACCAUUAAGGGAAUUCGAAGUCAUAGGACGUAAGCUCCCAACGGAGAAGGAGAAAAAUACGCCUUUGUAUAAAAUGCGAAUAUUCGCUCCUGAUGCAAUUGUUGCCAAGUCCAGGUUUUGGUAUUUCUUGCGUCAGUUGAAAAAGUUCAAAAAGUCUACCGGAGAAAUUGUAUCUCUCAAACAGAUUCCACAAAAAACUCCAAUUAAAAUCAAGAACUUUGGAAUUUGGUUGAGAUAUGACUCUCGUUCUGGGACGCACAAUAUGUACAGAGAAUACAGAGAUCUCUCUGUUAGUGGAGCUGUAACUCAGUGUUAUAGGGACAUGGGUGCGCGUCAUCGUGCAAGAGCACACUCUAUCCAGAUUAUUAAGGUGGAAGUUAUAAAGGCUUCAAACUGCCGUAGACCACAAGUCAAGCAAUUCCAUGAUUCCAAGAUCAAGUUCCCUCUGCCUAAAAGAAUUCACCAUAAAGAUAGAAUGCCAUUGUUUAGUGUUCGAAAACCACGUACCUAUUUCCUUUAAAUAUUAUCUACAUUGUACAUAACAUUAAAGGAAAUUUAAGCAUUUGAAAUAUAACUAUAAUCAAUAUA